UCCCACCCGCGGCCGCCAGGGAACUCGCCCAGGCCCGGGUUCCGCUCCUUGCCACAGCCCGCGCUCGCGCCGCCUCGCAUCUCGGUCACCAGUUAGCCCAGAAGUUCAGAAGACAAGGACACACCCUUCCACAAUGUCCUACAGACGCGAGCUGGAGAAAUACCGUGACCUGGAUGAAGAUGAAAUCUUGGGGGCCCUCACAGAGGAGGAGCUCAGGACUCUGGAGAAUGAGCUGGAUGAGCUAGACCCUGAUAAUGCACUGCUCCCCGCAGGCCUGAGGCAGAAGGAUCAGACCACCAAGGCGCCCACAGGCCCCUUUAAAAGAGAGGAACUUUUGGAUCACUUGGAAAAGCAAGCGAAGGAAUUUAAGGAUCGAGAAGACCUGGUUCCCUACACAGGGGAGAAACGAGGAAAGAUCUGGGUCCCCAAGCAGAAGCCCAUGGAUCCCGUGCUGGAGAGUGUGACGCUGGAGCCGGAGCUGGAGGAGGCCUUGGCAAAUGCCUCGGAUGCAGAACUGUGUGACAUUGCAGCUAUCCUGGGCAUGCACACGCUCAUGAGCAACCAGCAAUACUACCAGGCUUUGGGCAGCAGCUCCAUCGUGAACAAGGAGGGACUCAACAGUGUCAUUAAACCGACACAGUACAAGCCUGUGCCCGAUGAAGAACCAAACUCAACAGAUGUGGAGGAAACGCUGGAGCGGAUAAAGAACAAUGACCCAGAACUUGAAGAAGUUAAUCUCAAUAAUAUCCGGAAUAUCCCCAUACCCACCCUCAAGGCCUACGCAGAAGCCCUGAAAGAGAACACCCAUGUGAAGAAGUUCAGCAUCGUGGGGACCCGCAGCAAUGACCCUGUGGCGUUUGCGCUUGCCGACAUGUUGAAGGUAAACAAGGUAUUGAAGACACUGAACGUGGAAUCCAACUUCAUUUCUGGAGCUGGGAUCCUGCGCCUGGUGGAAGCUCUCCCACACAACACCUCUCUGGUGGAACUGAAGAUCGAUAACCAGAGCCAGCCCUUGGGCAACAAAGUGGAAAUGGAGAUCGUGAACAUGUUGGAGAAAAACACAACGCUUCUGAAAUUUGGCUACCACUUUACCCAGCAGGGGCCCCGGCUGCGGGCAUCCAACGCCAUGAUGAACAACAAUGACCUUGUGAGGAAGAGGAGGCUCGCAGACCUGACGGGACCCAUUAUUCCCAAGUGCCGUAGUGGUGUCUAGUGUGCAAAGGGAAGCCCACGCCUGUGAACUGGACAUGUUCUACCGAUAAUCCAUGUUCCCCAGUGGAGACCAGGAGGCAAACGCUGGCGUGGAACUCUUGUGGUUAAGUUCUUUGUGCACUAAGGUUUAGGUUAACUAGUGACUGUAGUCGGACCUUUUAUAAAAUAUGGUCAAUGUGAAGUUUUCUUUA